AAAAGGACACACGCAGAAGCCAAGAGAAACCGAAGCAAAUCAAUCCAAACUCACGUAAACGAGAAAAAUCGAUAUUCGUAAUGGAGAGGACGCAAGAGCAGCAGCAGAACAGGAAGCCAGCUGCUGGGGCUAGCGAAGCCAAGGGGAAGAUAGAGGAAGGGUUGCCAAUGAAGGACAGUCCGUACCUGCAGUACGAUGACUUGGAGGAUUACAAGCGUCAGGCCUAUGGAACGGAAGGCCAUCUCCAGGUGGAGCCCGGCCGAGGCGCCGGGUCCACCGAGGGCCCCACUGUUUCUGGCGCCAAUGUCUCCUCUCAGGGUGAUCUCUCCGCCACCGAAGCUAUUAACCGCCAAGGAGUUCCUUAAUUAGUUUUAUUUUUAUUUUUCUUCAUAUAUAUAUAGAGUAUGUAUUGGAGUGGUGUAUCAUAUUGGUAUAGCUACAUAUAUAUACAUACAUAGCAGACAAAAGGGAGAGGAGACGUUUGCCAUAUCUCUUCACCUCCUGAAACAUUAAACGGUAACUGCUAAAUGAGGGGGACGUUUUAUGUAACUUUUUAUUUUACUUUUUUGGAUAUCCCACAAAUUUUCUUUCAAUCUUUUGAUAGUUGACUUGAAUAUCCACAAAGAGAUCUUCGACGAGGGCAUCCAAGUCAAGCUAGGAAGCUCCUCAAAUCAAGGCCAUGUUUUUUUUUUUUUUUUUUUUCCCUAUUGAUUGAUAAGCGCACAACAAUAUUGAAAGUUCUUUUUUUUUUUUUUUUUUUUUGGGUAAAGAAAACAGUUACAAUCUUGGAUUCUUUGAUCUA